CUUGAAUUGUAGCCUAUUAUAAUAAUGUGUUGAAAGACAGUUGUGACAAGGGAUUGGAUGCACUGGCUUUGGUUGUGGAAAGGGGUUGGUUCCAGAGUGAAAGGAUUCUGAAGAAGAGGCGGCGUUUUAAAAACCGUGUUAGGAAGUAUUAGAUCAUUUUUGUUUUGUUUAUAUAUUAAACCAGGCAUAUUGUUAUGUUGUUUCUAGUACAACCAACUGGUACAAUAAUAUAAAGCUUACGUAAGUUAGUAAAAUGCCCAGAACUGUACGCAUUAGGACUCGGAAAAUAGCAACCGAUUCACCCCAAGUUAUUUGGGACCCAGAUAUUAAUAUUAUUCGAAACCUCGACGAAGACUUGGUGAGAGAAGACGAUCCUGUUGAUCGAGGUCAUCAAGCAAUUCCCGAGGCCAGAAGCGCAACACUGCAAAGUUCUGAAACGCAUCAGACGAGGAACAUUGUGUCACAAUACAAUAUGCGUUCAUCCGCCAGCAAAUCUAACAAGAAGUGGCCAGCCAGACUGUUUUCAAUGCUUUGUUGCAUUGUAAUACUUUCCGUUGUUGCAUUCCUUUUGGCAUUCGUCUAUGUGUUUUUAAAAGAUUUGCGUUCAGAGAAAGAAAGAAAUGAAGAUGGUACAGAAAUAAACAUACUGGGAUUUUGGAGUUUGCUGGUUUUGUCCUUGAGUGCUGGGCUGACCUGUUGCAGUUUUUCCUGGACCUUGACUUAUUUUGAUUCAUUUGAACCUGGAAUGUUUCCCCCGACUCCUCUCUCUCCAGCACGCUUUAGGAAGUUAACUGGUCAUUCCUUUCAUAUUGGCUACAGCAUGGCAAUACUAAAUGGAAUAAUGGCGGCACUGACAGUAAUUUGGUGUCUUAUUUGAACAUGAUCUGCAUCGACUAACCUACUUUCUUUGAAACCAGGAAUCUACAGCAAUCACUUGUCUAGACAUGCUGUAUAAUGUUGUCUGAGUUUGACCUAUGGAAAUGUGCUAUUAAACUCCAUGACCUAGAAGUGAUAUGGAUAGAAUACAGCUAAUUAAAAAAUACUGUUCUUUUGAUUAGGUUGGAAAAAAACAACCAUUGUAUUGUAAGCAGUAGUUGUACUAAAACACAGCACUAAUUUGACUGUCUCUGUGGAUUUGUUUUUUUUUUUUUUUUAAAUGUUGUUCUUGCAAGGCAAAACAUCUACUUAAAAUAGGGCUACAAGGGAUCACUAAGUUUCUCAGCACUGAUAAUCUCCAGUCUGUGCUUUAACUUAUCACUUAAUGAUAACAAAAUAAUGUAUCCAUAACUAUAAAUACCCAAUUCUAGAUUCAGCAGUAAUACUAAAAACUAAAAUUCAAUGGCAAAAGUUUUUGUGUUUCUAAAAAAUAUGAACCUGUACUUGGCAUUUUCAUUGUAUGUGGGAUAAGAUAAAAUAUAUUACAGUUCAUGAUACAUUUCACUGUAUUUUGAAAAUUAAUUGUUGUUAAUGUACACUUGUAGGCACAUUACGCUUACUAACUGAAGCACACAUAUAUAUGCAUUAAUUUACACUGUGUUAAAUUAUUUUUACAUAGAAUCUUUAAAACUCUACAUUUUUACCUGUUCUCUCUUCUACUACAGAAUCUGCUGAUUUCAUAGACCACAAUAAGCAUAAUUGAUGAUAUAUAAUUAGGGCUUCUGUUUUUUGGGUUUAGUUAAUUGAGUUUUUUGGUGCUUAUUUUUAGUUAUUUACGAGUUUUAUGUAAAUCGUUUUUUGCCGGGGCUUUCGUUUUUGAUAUACUGUAUGAAAUUAGUGUUUUCAGUUACUUUCCAAAAUGCUUGAGCGUUUUUUUUUUUUUGGUCAAAAUAUGUAGUAACUCGACAGUACUUGCACACUUAAGUUGUACCUUCUUUCCUUUGCUGUCUUCCACAACGAAAUCCCUAUGGUCAUGGGCACAUUCUUCUGGGGUUUUUGUGUGUAGGCAUUUUUGUACAUUUCGCCACAAUUCUGUUUUAAGUCCUCCCUGUCUUAACUGUAAUACAGCAUUAAAUCCCGCUAACAAGCCUCCGUCCUGAUUUUUAAUCUUUUUUUUAAAAAUCUCACAAGCGGAGUCUCCAAUAGAAAUGUAGGAAUGUGUUAUCACUUAGUAGUUGGGGUGGGUUUAAAGUAUUCAGAUAUUCAUGAUAGAUGCAAGUCAGGAAGGCGGGACAUUGCCCAGCAGCACUUGGAAAUGUAUUUAUUAUUAUUUUUGAAGUAGGUUUUAUUUUUUAAUGGGAAAAGGCUAAAGUCAACGUGACUUGAUUAACCAUUUCUGGUGUUUAUUGGCUAUCCACCCUUUUUUUUUUUUUUUUUUUUUUUGCAUCAGGGGUGUUUUAUCAGUUAAAACCGAAAAUCAGAAGCCCUAUGUAUAAUAAACACAAUUACAGAGAGCGGUAUCCUGUAAGUUAUUAAUGUAUGCAAGAUAUCUCAAAGUACUUGAAAUAUCAUGACAUUUGUUUCCUAGAAAGAUAAACAUUAGAAAAAUAUAAAGUUAUGAAGUGUUACAAGAUAUAACAGAAAACUUAAAGAAAUUAUUUUCAUGUUGAAGAAAUGUAUUAAAUCUGCAUUUGUUUUUAACCAUGCAAACAAUGUUACUGUAUUUUGUGUUCUAAAUUAUGCUGUAUAUGCUUAACAAUAAAAUUGUUGUUAAACCCUUC